GGCGGCGGGGCUGCGCUCCCGGGCCGUGCCCGUGUCCCGGCGGCGCUGAGCGGCGGCGGUGGCGGCGGGACCGAGCGGCCGCCAGCGCCAUGGUCCUCCGGAGCCGCGGAGCCCCCCGCGCCGCGCCGCCCCCGCCAUGCUGUGCCCGCUGCUGUGCCCAUGGCUCCGCGCUCUGACCCGGGCGGGCCCGCGGGGCCCGGCUGCCCGUGAGCGCCGCGGUGCCGCGAUGUUCCCCGCCUGCUGCUGCGCCGGCAAGGCCAGGCCGCGGCUGCUGCUGCCCCUGGACCCCUACGGCCAUGGGCUGCUGCCCGCCGUGCACCCGGACGGUGGCCGGGGCCGGGCCCACGGCAAGAGGAAGAGCUGGAACUUCAUCCAUGAGAAGAUGAGCUACGACACCUUCUUCACCAUGAAGCGGCUGAUCGAGCGCUCGCGCAGCGUGGGCGAGGUGCUCCGCUGGGUCACGCAGAACCCGGGCAAGGUGUCGGCUAGUCACUACCCCAUAGCGCUUCACAAGCUGGGGCAGCUCCUGCAGCAGCAACCGGGGCCGCCCAUGGGGGCUGGGGACAGCCGCGGGCCCGCGGGGCAGGUGCUGGAGCAGCCCGAGUUCCACGUGCUGUGCCAGGCCAUCGUCAGUGGCUGCGCCAAGUUCGACAACUUCAGCAUCGUCAACUGCCUGUACGCAGCGGCCGCGCUGGGGCUGCCCGGGGAGUCGCCGCUCGUGCGGGUGCUGGAGGACGAGUCCCGCAGCCGCCUGGGCCGCUUCAACCAGAAGGACGUGUCGAUGGUGUUCAGCAGCGUGAUGAGACUGCACCCCUCCAGCCCCCACCCCCUGGUCGAGUCCUGCCUCAGCAGCCUGGAGCGGCACCUGGAGAAGGAGCGGCACCCCCAGACCCUCUUCCUGCUGCUCUCCUACUACCGGCUGCGGGCACAGGCGCUGCAGGGCCACGCCGCCUCCGACCAGCAGCUCAUCAACAACCGCAAGAUCCUGCGCUUGGUGCGGCACACGCUGGGCCAGGUGAGCGCCAUGAGGGAGCACGAGCUGGCGCUGCUGGACGAGAUGCUGGCCCUGUGUGCCCAGGAGGCCAACAACAAGGCCCUGGAGGCCAUCUUCAGCUCCCAGCUCUUCUACGAGAACCGGCAGGAGCGCUUCAUUCGCAGCAUGGCAGAGUGGCUGCCCCGGAAGGCAGAGAACCUCACCCCCUACACCAUGGCCCUCAUCGCCAAGUACGUGGCACGGCACCGGCUGCGUGAGCCACGGCUGCUUGACACCAUCGCCAACUUCCUGCUGAAGCGCGGAGAGCAGCUCGACAGCAAGGUGAUCCAGAAGUUGGUGUUUCCCUUCAGCCGGAUGAACUACCGCCCCUCCAACCACGGCGAGCUCUUCCCCAAGCUGGAGGCCAUCUUGGAGCAGAAGGCUGGCAGCUCACCACUGGCCACCGUCAACAUCCUCAUGUCCAUGUUCCAGCUCAGCCACUUCCCACAGACUGUCCUGCACCAGGUCUUCUCCCCAGGCUUCAUCACCAACGUCAUGAGCAGCCCCUACGCGCUGAUCGUGCGCCGGUACCUGUCGCUGCUGGACGCGGCCGUGGAGCUGGAGUUCCGGGAGUACAGCGGGCCCCGCCUGGACCCGCGCUACCGCGUCCUCAUGUUCGAGCACGCCCUGACCGCUGACGAGGCCAACAGGAAGUACAGCUACAAAGGGCUGGUGGCCGAGGCGCUGCGACAGCUGGUGGGGGAGGAAUGCUACCGGCAGGACGAGGUGCUGCCCCCCGGGUACUGCACAGACUUCCUGCUGUGGAUCAACCGCUCGGGCACGGUGCUGCCUCUCUCGCGCGUUCCGGCAGCUGCCAGGGUACCCCCAGCCACGUCCCCCGUCGCCGUGUCCCUGCGCUCCAGCGUGCUCGCCCUCACCUCGGAUUUGCAGGACUUUGCCCCGUUUGCCGCAGAGACGCCGGGCAGCCCCCCGGGCCCCCGGGAGAGCGGCCGGGCCGGGCGGUUCCUGCCGGCGCUGUGCCCAGCCCCGGGGGGGCCCUGCUUCCAGCCCCCCUCGGACUAUUACUGCGGGCUGAGCAAGGAGCCGUCCCUGGCCAGCCCGGGCAGCUCCACACUCAGCAGCCCCUCCGAGUGCCUCUCGGCGCCGCCGCCCGGCACCCCCGACUGCUCCCCACGCACCUCCGCCACCUCCCUCUUCCAGUUCCCCAUCGGCAAGAUCCUGGAGGAGGAGGAGGAGGAGGAGGAGGCUGCCGGCUGCCCUGGCCAAGAACAUGGCUGUUUCCAGGGGGAACAGGCCCAGGAGCAGCCUGAGGAGCGGAGCCCCCCGGCCAGCGAGGACAGCGGGCCCCCGCCCUCGCCGUGCCGGCCCAGCCCCAAGCGGGGCCCGGACGAAGGGCCGCAGGGUGCCGAGGAGAUCCAGAGGGUGGUGCUGUCCGUCAAUGACAAGUGGCACUACUGUCAGAACUCCGACAUCCUGGUGGGCUCCCGGGCCAUGAGGGACCGGCACCUGCGGCUGCUAGGAUACUGUCUGGUGCAGCUGCCCUACACAGAGCUGGAGAAGGUGAGUGGCAUCGAGGAGGCCAAGCACUACCUGCGGCAGAAGCUGAGGGAGCUGCGCUUCUGAGGGCCGGAUCCGGGGGGUGUGGGGGGCCAGGUGGGUGCUGCCAGCCCCUUCCCCCGUGCAGGGGGAUACGGAGCUCCCCCCCAUCCUGGGGGGUCAGGGGGAUAUGGAGAUGCUCCCCAUCUUGGGGGGCCAGGCUGUGGGGCCAGGCCACGGGCACCUGCUCCUGCUGUGGGGCUGGGGGAGUGUGAGAUUUGAGAUUAUUUAUUGCCAUUAUGGGGGGCUGGGGUGUGACUUGAGGGGUGCCGGGGUGGGGGAGUUACUGGGGAAGGUCCCUCAUGGCCCCCCUGCCCCGGCUCUGCCACUUGAGCCCAGUCUGUUGCUGCAGGGGCUGGCCUGGCCCGGGCUUCCCUGGGCACCGGAGGCUGUCCCUGUGCCCCGGCACGGCUCCUGGCGUGGGGCACGGGGGGUCCGGGCUUCCCUGGGCACCGGAGGCUGUCCCUGUGCCCCCGGCACGGCUCCUGGCGUGGGGCACGGGGGGUCCGGGCUUCCCUGGGCACCGGAGGCUGUCCCUGUGCCCCGGCACGGCUCCUGGCGUGGGGCACGGGGGGUCUGGGCUUCCCUGGGCACCGGAGGCUGUCCCUGUGCCCCGGCACGGCUCCUGGCGUGGGGCACGGGGGGCCCGGGGGGCUGCAGGGAGUGGGUGUGCUCACGGGGCUGAUCCCUGGGCCUGCAGGAGGGGGGUGUUAGGGAAGGGGGAAACUUUCCAAUAAAACUGGUGAAAAGUG